AUGUCACUACAUGGGUACCUAGCAAGUACGUAUGGACCUUCCAAAUCCAAGGAUAAGGCAAAGAAGGUGAUGAAACCGAAGCAUUCCGGGGAAGGUACAGGGAAGAGAGGCACGGAAAAGAGGAAUUUGAACAUAACCGAUAAUUCAAUCCAACUAGUUGGUAAACACGGCAGCACGCAUGAACAUCAUGGUAGUGGACCAAGUAAUCAGUCUGGGGGUGCACUAUGGAAGGAUGUGAUCACUAACGAAAUUAUAACGCUUUCCAGCACUGCCAAAGAUGUAAAUACAGUUACUCUCGAGGAACCAGUUGAUAGCCCACUUGUUGAAAAAAAACAUGAAACGAUCCAUAGGGACUCUAAGGGUCACAAACUGACAACAGAACAAAUUAUUAACCGCCGACAGGACGAGGAUUUGAGAGAACAGAUAAAAAUACGAAGAAUCAAAGAAGUGAACAGAGGGGAGGUGCAGGUGUUAAUGGCUGCCAAUGGCACGAAACGAAACGCAAGUGUCACAAAGAGCGCUGCUAUAUUUUCAGAUGAUCCAUUAUCCCAACAAAACAGCAGAGAGAUUGGCGCAUCAUCAAGGCAAUCUUUACUUGGUAGAAAAUUAUUCAACGGUAUAUCAUUUGAAAACAGAUUUGGGAUUCCGUCCGGUGCAAGAUGGGACGGCAUCGAUAGGUCUAAUGGGUUUGAGAGUAAGUGGUUCGCUAAAAGCAAUGAACUCAAUCAAAAGAAGGCAGAGAAACUAACUCAGGAAGACGAUUCCUAA